GAUACCAGUAAAAACGAUUGUUAUAAACAAAAUCAAAUAAUAUUGAUUAGAUGAAAUUUUUUUCUUUUUUUACUGUUAAAUAAAUUUUGAUUUAUAUCAAUCAAAUAAGCGCAUUUCAUUUGAUAUAAAUGACAACUAUAUGUGUGUAAAUUAAUUGAGAAACACAAUUAUACAUGAAAUAUGUGAUUAUUAUUUGUAAUAAAAAACUAUGAUUCAUUAAAAUACUUUAGACGAAGUAAAUUUUUCUUUUAAAAAUCAAGGCUACCAUAAAGUUUUUCUUUUUUUCAGUAAUUUGUCAGUUUACUAUAUUUUUACUGAUGAUGAUUACAUACAUUUUCAUUUGUGCAUUAUUAUUACCUACCAUUAUGAGUUCUUCUAAAUUUAAUACAGUCGGAUUAAUAUAUCCUAACCUUUCAAAAUCAGAAGGUACAAAAAUCAACCUAAGUAUUCCAUCUAACAAAGGUUACGUUAUAAAAACAAUAACCAGUGCACCACUAUAUCGAAUUGUUAGUUAUUUCACUAAUCGCACAGAAGAAAGUGAAGCAAAAGUGCAUGAUUUAAACAUUCCUUACUCAAUGUAUUAUACACAUAUAUAUCUUGCUUGGAAAUCUGCUGAUCAAUUGCUAUCCUCUAUAACUCUACAAUCUGAUAAUUCAGAAAGUAAAUUGAAUGGUGCUAAUUUAGUUUUAAUAACAUCUAAACUAGGUGAUAUGUAUGCACCUGGUAUGAUAACAUCAGUUCUUGACUUUGUUACUAAAUGUUAUGAAUGGGCUAAACCAAAUACUCGACGAAUACCAUCUAGCUCAGCAUAUGUAUCAACGCUUAGAGUUGCGUCGAAAGAUGAAAUUAAUCGAGCAUUGAUUGAAUAUACAGCGGAACAAUUUUCAAGAGCCACAACUUAUGGGUCAUAUCAUUUUGUUUGGGAAAGGGAUUCACAAAUGAAAGAAUUUAUGAAAAGAUUAAAUUAUGAACAAAUUGCAUGUGGUGGAAAUCAUUCACUUUAUAAUCCAUGUGAUUGGACAUUAAUGGGUUUAAAACCAGAAAUAGCUAAAGAACAAUGCCUAUAUAGACUUAUCAAUAAAAAAUCAAAUAUUUAUUAAAUAUUUAAUUAUUUAUCAGUUUUCUCUUAUAUCAAAUCAAAACUUUCUCAUCAGGGAAUAAAAGCAUCUAAUUGAAAUGAACAUUUGUAAAAAUUAUAAAAAUCAAUACUUCAGAGUAUGACUAUACGAAUAUAUCUAUUUAUAAAUACUGACAAUAUUAACUCUAACACAAAAAAUCACUGUUUUUGCCUUCUCACACUAUAGAUUUUUUUGUCUUACAUGUUAUCAAUCAUAUAAAUGCAUUUCAUAUUAGUACGUUACAUCAUCAAUAAACAAUAAUUGUUUGUUUCUUUUCUUUCUAAUCAUCUUGCCUUUUCAUUUCACUGCUAAAUUCAUGCAUGUUUAUGUUUUUGUUGGUCUUUUUCUCUUUCUCCCUUUCUCUCUCUGUGAAAUUUCCGAUUACCUCUUGCUUGCUAUUAACAUUAUUUAAAGUAUUUAACUAAAUAUCUUGUUCAUUCAUUUAUGUUAAGUUACAUAAUUAUUAACACUAUUUUUAAAUCUACAUUUUUUUCUAAAUAUUCGAUUUUUGUUUUCUUUCAGACAAUGUUGAAUAAUAAUUAAAAUCAAUAUGGUCAGUA